AUACACUAUACGUGAAUGAUGUAAGUUACCGCGUGUCUAUCUUUAAUACUGACUUUUACCAGUCUUUCAAACAGGCUUGCGUUAAUGUUGGUAUACAUGGAUGUUCGUGUUUGUAUAACACAACUAUGCGCAGUAGAUGAGGUCAUAUACCUAUCCGCUUGUACAGGUGGUUCAUUCACGCCGUGGUUCCUUCAGUCACUGUGAGAAGCGAGUGCAUGACGCCUUUUCUCAGGGAAUCUCAGUUUAAUUUUCAUUAGUGCAUCUCGUCAUGAUGGCCAAUAACGCGUUAAGUAUUAGGUAUUCAGUGACAAUCAUACUAGUAUUCACAGUUAUAGCUACAUACAGUAAUUACACAAAUAUUGAUCUGCCGUCUGAUCACGUCAAGUAUUACUUCAACUCUUUUCCCACGGUAGCUGAAGAAUGCCGCAAUAAUACCGCUUGUCCGUACAAGGAUAGCCUCGAUACCAAAGCUUGUUGGGGUUACGAGCCGGAUUGCAAAUCCGAAAACUCUUUUUCCAUUCCUCAAUGUCCAGGCGAUCACAGGGGAUGGGUGACAACGAAGAAAGCACAGAUAGAAACGUUCUACGCUCAAGGCGAUUUUGGCUACGUGCGUGAUCAAAGGAAAGAAAUGUCCAUUUUCUGUGAACCAUUGUUUGUAGACGACUCAUCUUUGGAGUGCUCAGAACAUAUGAGAUUUUGUCGAGCAAGGAACAUAAUGAUUAAUUUCACAGACUUAAUUCGAAGAAAGGAACCCAUACGAUACAAAAUGGAUGUUCUGAAAGAGGGUCAAAUUGGAGGGUACUGUACAUUAAAUGAAAAAAUGUUGCAAGAAAACGCGGACCAUAUCAGUCCACUGCAAUCUUGGGGACCUGAAUUACGAAAUUUCCGCAAAUUGCCCCGACCGCCAAUCGUCAACCACGACUGUGAUAUCGUGAUCGAAAAGCCAACGUUCAUAAUGAAAAUAGACGCUAGUAAGUCGUAAGAAAUGAUUCUCACGAUUAAUGACUGUGAUGCAAAAUUCGUCGAACACGCAAGUCGUUCUGUUUCAGUAGUAAAUAUGUAUCAUCAUUUUUGCGACUUUUUCAACUUAUACGCGUCAUUACACGUAAACCUCUCGCACCCCGCUGCAUUCAGCACUGAUAAUCAUAUAAUGAUCUGGGAAAGUUACAGAUACCGUUCAGCGUUCCAAGACGCCUUCGAAGCUUUCACAAGAAAUCCACUUUGGGAUUUAAAUACAUUUCGCGGAGAGACCGUUUGCUUCAAGAAUCUUGUGUUUCCCUUAUUGCCACGCAUGAUUUUUGGUCUUUAUUACAAUACACCUCUUAUUUAUGGCUGUGAGAACAGUGGAUUAUUCAAAGCUUUUGGAGACCAUGUGUUACAUAAGUUACGGAUACCACUUCACGAAAGAAAAAACGAAAGGAUACGAAUUACUUUACUUAGCAGAGAUACUCAAUAUAGAAAAAUUUUGAACGAGGAUGAAUUAACGAAGGCUCUGAAAGAAAAUCCAGAGUACAAAGUUAGAAAGGUAGUUUAUAAUAAAAAAGUAUCAUUUAAAAAACAACUGGAGAUUACAAGAAACUCUGAUAUUUUUAUUGGAAUACACGGAGCUGGAUUAACGCAUCUUAUGUUUUUGCCAGAUUGGGCAGCAGUAUUUGAGAUAUAUAAUUGUGAAGAUCCAGGAUGUUAUAAAGAUCUUGCUCGUUUACGCGGGGUAAAGUACUUUACGUGGGAAAAUACCUCAAUGCUAGUGCAACAAGAUCCCGGUACACAUCCUGAUGGAGGAGCACACGCAAAAUUCACCAAUUAUAGUUUUGACGUUAAAGAGUUUUUACGUAUAGUUUCACGAGCUACGGAUUACGUAAAAAACCAUGAUUCGUUUAAAAAAUUUGUCAGUACACGAACGCAACGUAAGAUAAUUGGGACAAAGAAUCACAAUAGGACAACAAAUGAUAUAAAUAGGAGAGCAACUCCCAAGUCAAAGGAAGUAACUGAAUUGAAAUCUGACGUUCAAUCCAAAGAUGAAUUAUGAUAAAUAUUUUAGAUAAUUUGUCAAUGAAACAUCUGAAUAAUAGGUUCAUAAUUAUUGAUAUUAAUAACGAAUAAACAAAACAAUUUGUUACCAAUUAAGUCUUUUUACUUGUUUUUGUAUAAAUUAUAAAUGUAUGUAUAUACUUAUUUUAAUAAAAAGAAGAAGUAAACAUGAAGUACAAUUUGAUAUAUCUACGCAAAUAGAUAUCUAUGGCAGUGUAAAUAUUUUGUUACUAAUUGUUUACACUGAUUCAUUAUAUAAUUGUACAAUGUAAGAAAUCGCAAUUAGUACAACGAAUUAUACAUUUAUAUUUAUAUUUAUAAUUUAAUUUGUACCUGUUUCCUGUACAAUAAUAAAACUGAUAAUAUAUUUACAGCCAUAUAUGCAAUUAAUAUUAGCAAAGCUUUUAAAUGACUUACAUAUAAUGUACGUAUUAAUAUAUUAAUACCUCCAGUCAUUAAGUUUGACACUAAAAAGAAAAGUAGACCAUUGUAAUUUACAGCUUCCAAUAUUUCAAUGCUAUUUUUAUUUGCACUUUUCUGGCAUUUGUCAGGCAUCCUAUCUCGUUUACUUUUUGUAUACGUUUUGUAUGAUUUUGUCUUUUUUUGAUUAUGUUCUGAAUCCAUAGUUAUGUAAAUUAAUAUAUCAGAUAUUAUUUCAAUCAAUAGUAAUAAUGUAAGUACCAUGAUACCUAAAGUUAAAAUCCACAUGCAAUACCCAGCAUUUGCUAACCGUCUAGAUACUUUAAAAUAUGCAUCACAGAUUAAAGUGGCUGCACACGUCUGAGCUGAUAUUAAGGACAAUUUAAUGCAUAAAAUCAUAGACUCGUUAUAAUUUAUAUCAAGCUCAUACCCAAAUAACUUAAAAUGGAAUGUUUCAUGUUUAUGUUGUAACAAAUUUUGAGCAUGUGAAUUCUGAUAUGUAGAAUGAAUCAAUCUACCAACUGCCACACCUAUUAAAUAAAGCCCAACAUAUCCAGGUACAGAUACUACACCUUCACGAUUAGCAGAUAUAAAGUCGUUCCUUGGUCUAUUGCUUAAAACCCACUCCUUUAAUCCUUUGGUACUUAAAAUAUACUCGUGCAUUCCUAAAAUCCAAAUUCCUGAUAAUAAUGAAUACCUUGAAUUGAUAGUACUUGUUAUAGAACUAGUAAAUAAUUUAACAAAAGCAAGAGUUAUAAAAAAAUUCCAAUGAAUGCCAUAUUCAGUAACAUGCUUUUGAUAACCUAAAACUUCAAUAGCAACAGAUCUGCCAAAACCUAAUAUUAAAAGUGGAAUGCAACUUCUUGCAGACUGUCUUAUAUUUUUCGUUAUAGUAUGAAAGAAACCUAUCCUAGGUUUAAGAACAAAGUCUUUGGCUUCUGGAGCCACUAAAGCAUUAGCUAAUACAAAUAACCCAACACCAGUAUCCAUUAAACUGUAUCCAAAUAAUUCAGUUUUUGCAAAUUUGCGAGGAAAUAUGUGGAAAUCUAUAGCUAAUAUACAUAUCGCUGUUAUUAUAUUAGUUAAUGCUCUGAAAUGUGUAAUAAAAGGCCUUUUGCCAUAAACAGGUCUUAUAUUGUACAUUGAUGUUAUAUCAGAAUUAAUUCCUAAUAAUAAGAUAUUAAUUAUAGAUAUUAGCAUCAUGAUACAACAUACUGUAACAACAUAGUCAGAUAAUAUAGUACAACACAAAAUAGAUGGUAUUACAAUUAAUGCAAAUUCUACUAUAGUUCUAAUAUUUUUAUGGGCAGUCUGUUCUAAAAAGCCCAUUGUAGUUGUAGUUAAAAGAAUACUACAACAACUUGGCAAGAUUGCAUAUAUAACCUCUAUGGAAGUUGUUCCACCAUGACCAGAAACAAAUGCUUCUUGUUCUUGGCGGUAAAUAUUUCUAUUCCAUGUAUUUGACAUGUUUGUCAAAUAAUAAUUAUAAUUAUUUUUUAAUAAUUAAUUAUAAUAAUCAUUUCUCUCAAUGAGAAAUCUAAAAGAAUAUUAUCUGAAUUUUUACUUCGAAGUAUUGCAUUUUAUACAAAUUAAAGUUUGAAAAUAAUUUAAGUCAACCAGAAGUAUGUUCACGCAUACUCUAAACUCAAUAAGUCAUAGAUGGAGCUAUGAA